CAGUCAAAAUGAUGGCAGAAGUUGGGGAUGCAGAUGUUGAAGAUGUCAGACAGAAGACACUACGGGAACUGCACGCUCAGUUCUUUGAAAUGGUUCCUAUUCGAAGAAUGAAAUGGAAGAGUGAGGUAACAGAAUCUUCUGAGCUUGGACCAGAUGUACAGAGGCUUGUGUUACAGGCCACAGUAACCAGUCCUCUCUGCCAAAAGUAUCCGCCGUGUCUAACUUACCAGAAAACAUUCAUGAAACAGUUUCUUCAUUUGCUGGAGCGGUUUGAUGUGGAGAUCUGUGACGAGGUGUAUGAGCAGUACACAGAGCUGUUAUCACAGGAGGAGGAGGAAGAUGACACACUCUGCUAUAAAACCUAUCAGCUGCCAUGUGGCAGUCCAGUCAGUCUUCAAGAAUCUGUUCACUUAAUAUCACAAGGUACCACAGGACUUAGCACCUGGCAGGCAGCUCAACAUUUAGCCGAAUGGUCAUUUGAGAACUCACACAUCUAUGAGAACAGGACAGUGCUGGAGCUAGGCUCAGGGCUUGGCCUGACAGGGAUAUCCAUCUGUAAGCAGUGUAAGCCCACUCAGUACCACUUCACAGACUGUCACCCACAGGUGAUCUUUCUCCUGGCCAAGAACAUAGAGCUGAACCUGGCUGAUGGGAAGAGCUUCCUUACAAGUCAGCAUAGUCCCUCCAGAAAAAAGGAUGUGUCCAUAAUGAAGAAGAUCCGGCGACAGCUCAGUUUGAAUGCUGAGGCCAUGAUUAAUGAACUCGGGGACAUCGUGGAGGUGUGCAUGUCCCCAACCACUCCUCCACCUGGCGAGCAGGAGGGCAUCAUACAGGAGCUGCUGAAUGACCUGGCUGACUUUGAGCUGAGUACUGGUGUGUGGAAUAGAGACUCAGAGCUGCCCUAUGGCACUCUGAAGAAGGAUCCUAGGGUGUCUUUAUCUAAGCUGGACUGGGGACAGCCAAACCAGGAGCUGCUCUCGAGACUCAGUGCAGACAUAAUUCUUGGUGCAGAUUUGGUGUAUGAUGCGUCGAUUAUCUCAGACUUGGUGCCACUGUUGAAGUCACUACUUACUCACCAGACUCUGUCCACUGCCCCCGCCCCCGUGGCCUACGUGGCCUGCACAGUGAGGAGUGAAGACAUCAGGGACCAUUUCCUCUACUCGUUAGGUAAGGAAGAUCUGAAGUAUGAAGUGGUGGCGCCCCCUUGUGAGAGGAUCUUUCAUUAUGACAGAUCAGUUCCCAUUGAGAUUGUGAAGAUAUAUGCCUGAAGUAACAAUGAUGAGACACUGAGGUGCAGAGACAUAAACAGAAUUUUAAUAGUUACCACAUUCAGUGGAAAGUAAAUGAAGUGUAAAUUUAGAUGGGUAAGGUAUGAAUCUGGCACAUGUAGCACAUUGUUCAUUUCUAUCGUGUUUAGUGUCAUACACUGUAUGUAGCCUAUGUGUAUGUGUAGAGGGCAUCGUAUAUAGGGAAAAAUCAGGUUAGCCAGCAUUUCAGUUUCCUAAAUCCUUUUAUUUUCACUACUCGGCAUGUGUCGUACUGUUAUUUGAGUUUCGAAUUUUGUUUAAAUAUGUACUUGGCAAGACUCAUCGUGAUGGCACAAGUUUUUCAUUCAAACUCUGUGGCCUGCUUCAGUCAUUUUGUUUACACAGAGGCUAUUAUCUAGGAUAAGCUUACAAACCUUUGUGACAUUGAAAAUCUGAGCUCUAUUUUGCAGGAAUGUAUGCCUGUAGACCUAACCUUAUAUUCUCUGAAGGUUAACAUAGUGCUUUACUUUGACUGAAAACUGCAGAAGAAAACAGGUUAUAUAUACAUAUUUGUUUUGAGAUGAUUUGAGAUUGAGAUGAUCAUACAAAUGUCCUCUAUAGUACCUGUAUUUAUGCAAUACAAUUGCAUGUGUUCGCUGAAUCUUUUAGACUUGGACAUCUGUUCUGAUUAUCAUGAUAUGAGUGCUUGGACUCAAUCUACGGGGGUAUUAUGGCUCUUAUGUGAAAACCAUGGCAAAUCCCCCCAAGUCUGCACCUGCUGGUGUGGUCUCUAUGUUCCAGUAUUCAGCGAAAGCUUUGUCAUGAAAAUGUUUUGAGAACAAUGAGUUAUAAAAUCAUGUGGUGCAUUUUUGUCAUGAAAUAGUGUAAACAAACUGAGCACCUUCUGAACUGUUAAUAUAUGGGCAUCUUCACAAUGCUCACUCAAGUACCUCUGGCUCCUCAAACUAGCUACAUGUAGCUUUGGCUGCAUUUCAUUGUAGCUUGAAACCUGUGUAAUAGACAGUGACAGUUCUCUCCUAGAAUUUGAAAUAAAGUAGAUGUAUAAGUAAACUGAAAUGUGAAGUUGAUGUGGACCAGGUACAUGUGACAUUCCUGAUGACCAAAAGUCUAAAUACUGUUAAUGUGUUAUUGUAUUCACAUAUCUUUGUGUUCUUGUGUUUAGUCAGGUCCAUUAACACUACGUGUACAUACAAGACUAUUAUCAAGUAGGAUGUUGAGGAAUUAACUUUCACUUACAGAAAACACAUAUUGAAGCUGUUAUUUUGUUCUUGUUUUGUUUUUUUCUGCUUUUUACACAAAGAAUGUGACUUUUAAUAAAUGGUGUAUAAUUAUUUGAACAAAAAAUUACUGUUGUUUGUUUGUAGCCUACUUUCAAGAGUUGUUACAUCAUUUGUAACAGUAACCAUAUUGUUGAAUAUUAGAUGUGAUAUUGUUUGAUCAUCUGAAAGUCCUCCUUUUUUUACCUCAUAUUUUUUCCUAUUUAAUGGACAUCUUGCAAUGAGCAGCAGGUAAUGUAGUAAAGUUGGCUGUGUUUGCAUUAUUGUCUUUGCAUCCUGUGGGAGGCUUACUUGUCCUUCUUUCAUGUCAUAGAAUGGCAGAAUGUCAUGCACACACAGGUUUAGUAGGGGUACAUGUAAAUAUCAAUUCUUUUAUUGUUUCUAUAUGCAUAUUUGGUGUGAUGAAUAACAACCAGUGACAUUCCUAGUUACAGACUAAGUUAUACACACACUGGUGUAUGUAAAGAUGAUUGGGUUGGCUUGUCAUGCAAUAAUUUUGUUGUUUGUGUACCGUGUAACGUUAUGAAGGUUGACCUUCACACUUUAUAUACAUACAGUGUGCUGAGACAAUCUUUUACUACUUAGUGUAAAUACUAGAGAAUGCUUUUACUUUGCAUUAGCAAUGUAGUAAUUUGGCUUUCACAGCAUUGUAACUGAUUUGUCUGUGAUUAUGGAUUAAUGCACAUGUAAGAUAAUACAAAUGUUUACAAAGAAUUUGUAAAUGGUGGAGAUUCUGUAUAAAUCAUAGAUAGGCAUACGCUACUUCAUUGCUGAAUUAAUAUAGCGCGGAUGUAUUGUAAAAGGAGGUGUAAAACAUAUCAAGACUUAUUAUGCUUUUAAAAUGUGUUGGGAGAAAGAAAAUCAUAAAGGCUUGCUAGUGACUGUACUUAAUGUAUUACCGCUAAAUGAUUUGUAGCCAGGCAGAUUUGAUCCGAGAAUUGAUCAUGGACUCCUUUGUACGUUUAGGUGCUCAGUUGUUCAGGUACAGGUAGAUUCAGAUGAUUAUGAGGCGUAAUAAUGAGAUGUCUCACAGAUGUGUAGUACAUCAUGUUUUUUGUCGGUUUUCUUGCCAGCAUGAUAGAAAAUGAUGAGUGGCCAGCCUCUUCAGUGUUUGCUAACUGGUUACAGUUAUAUUAAUUAACUGGAUUGUUUCUGUCGUUGAGUGUGGUAUUAUAUUAAUCUCUGAGUUUAAUCCCUGGUAGCUGUAGAGCUCUCUGAAAUUGUGAUAGUGACCGAGUACCGUAUAAUAUAUCCAUCUCUGAGCUUAAUCCACUUAAGCUGUAGAGCUCUGUGCGAUUGUGAUCGUGACUGAUAAUAUAAUAAUCUCUUGAGUUUAAUCCAUGUGGGCUGUACAUCUCUGUAGGAUUGUAGAUUUAUAAAAUCAUACCUAUACAUAUGUAUGUCCAGAUGUGACCUUACCAGUAUUAGCUAAUGUUUGGUACCAGUAUUGCAUGUUCCAGUGGAAACGGAGUGAAAGUUUCAUUUAUAUGUAUACUGUAUUUUUUCUUUAACCUGUUAUUCAUGUGGAUGUGUGCAGCUAUGAUGUGCUUGUAAAAGCAAGUUCAGGGUAUUAGAUUGUACCUGAUGCCGGGCUUUUUCUUCAACCAUGUCAUAUUCAACUGAUAUUUAUAUGUAUGUUGAGGGCAUUACUGUGGCUAAACUAGGGAAAUAUACUUUAUGUGAAGCAUGAUGUUGAUAAGCCCACCAAAGCAUUAAUUAUUAACAUGAUCCAAAAAUUGAGGUGGAUAAAUUGCCUUCAGAGUUUCCCUUCAGCAUGCAAGAAGAUUAGAGAAAUAGGCCAUUGAGUGUUCCAUCAAGCACACACCCAAACACAAAAGUGGUUGGGGUGAGGUGAGAAGUAAUGUAUUAAAUAUGAGAAAAGUGAAGAAAGAGUGAAAACUAGCAAAAAAAAAAAAAGUAUUUUCUUCGAUUUGCAAUUCUGAUAAAUUUUGUUCCUAGUCUACUUUAGUGAAUGAUAGAUUGGAGCAGUCUAGCCUUUGGCCUUCUUGUCCCUACAGGUACAUGACUGUAACAUGUAUGUCAUUAUAACCUACUGGGGCGCAUCCGAGACUGACUUGGCUUAAUAUUCAGGUGUUGGAUGCCAUGUUCCUCCAACCAUAAAACUGCUUUAAUAACAUUUCUGUAUUCCUUAUUUGGUGAAUAUACAUGUGUUUCUAUUGAUGAUGAACUCUCUAUUGGUGCAACCUUAGAUGUAUGUAAAACUCCAUGCAUCCAUUAAAUCUACAAUGCUGCUUCAGUAUUUUUCUGUUCCCUCUGCUACCUGUUUGUGUUAGUGCUGAAAUGUCUGUAGUUCUACUUCAAUGCUUCUCUCUGUUCCUGCUUUGUCUUAGUGCUUAAAAGUCUGUAGUGCUACAUUACUGUUUGUGUUCCCCGUUACCUGUUGUUAGUGCUGAAAAGUCUGUAGUUUUGCUUUAGUGCUCUCUGCAUUCCGUUACCUGUUAGCAUUAGUGCCAAAUGGCCUGUAGUCCUGCUUCAGUGUUUCUGUUCCCUCUGCUACCUGUUUGUGUUAGUGCUGAAAUGUCUGUAGUUCUACUUCAAUGUUUCUCUCUGUUCCUGCUUUGUCUUAGUGCUUAAAAGUCUGUAGUGCUACAUUACUGUUUGUGUUCCCCGUUACCUGUUGUUAGUGCUGAAAAAUCUGUAGUUUUGCUUUAGUGCUCUCUGCAUUCCGUUACCUGUUUGCAUUAGUGCCAAAUGGCCUGUAGUCCUGCUUCAGUGUUUCUGUUCCCUCAGCUACCUGUUUGUGUUAGUGCUGAAAGGUGUUUAAUUUUGCUUCAGUGUACUCUGUGUUCCCUCUCCUACCUGUAUGUCUUAGUACUGAAAGGUCUGUAAUGUCGCUUUAGUGUUUGUUUUGCCCAGUUAGUAGUGUUAUUUAGUGUUCUUUUCUGAAUAUACAGAUAUUGCAAAUGUAUGAAAGCUGAGCUCUGAAGUGUUCUGAAUGUUCAGCUAAGUUUACAUUCCUGAUUUUUUAAGAUAAUAAACAUUAAA